ACAUUUUCGUUUUUGAGCUUAUUUUCCAAGUGUGUAGUGAAGUCCACGCAGGUCUAUAAACCGCUUUCAAAUUUCAAAAUAAAAUUAAGCAAUGCACGUAUAGCUAAUUGCGCUUUGGUGUAAAGAUGCACAGUUCUCAAAAUUCAUGAGUUAUAAUAAUAGAGCAGGCAAGUAACUGCUAUAUAAUAACUGCAGAUAGCUUGGUCCCUAAAGCGUUUCUGCUUCCUGGUAUGUUUUGUAACAUCACAGUAGAAACCUAUGCAAUCUUGAAAUUCAGAACAGUUCUCCGCCUGUAGGAGAGUAGAAGUAAGCAGUUGUGCGCUGUCCGUAGUAUCCCUUCCAGACCUCAUUAGACAUGACUCGGGUACGAAAAGCUGUAGAAGAAGCUCUGUGGGGGAUGUGUGUUGGAGAUGCUAUGUCCAUGCCGGUCCACUGGUACUACAAUGUCAGGGACAUCAAGGAGGACUUCAAUGGCUGGAUAUCCAGAUACCAGGCACCAAAAAACAGACACCCUUCCAGCAUCAUGACCCUUUCUAAUUCAGCUGGCAGUGGACGGACGAGCCAUUCCAAUGGCUCCCAUCAAGUUUCAUCACUACAGCUUUCUGUAGUGGGAAACAUCAUUCUGCAUGACAAGCUGAAGUACUGGAAGACAUCGGAGGGAUCUGUUCAUUACCACCAAGGCUUGCAGGCUGGGGACAACACUCUGAAUGUCCUCUGUGCCCUGAAAGCAGCUCGGACCCUCACAGAGGGUCAGUUCCGCAUGGUGAAUGAGGAGGGGGCACGGGCUGCUGUCCUCUCUGACUAUGUCCACUUCAUGACCACUCCUGGCUCUCAUGAGGAGACCUACGCAGAGUCAUUCCACAGGUCUUUCUUCGCCGACUGGCAGGAGCACAAGCCUGUUUCCCCCAGCAAGAUUCUCGAGUUUGCGGUGAACCGCUGCAGACGGAAGAUGAGAGCGUCGCACCCUGACAGCCAGCUGGAUGCAAUAGGGUGCCUCCCCAUGGCUAUUCCAUUCAUUCUCCUGUCCGCCACAGAAGAGCAGGACCAGGCGGUGACCGCGGCGGUGGAGUUGGUGCGGCUCACACACCCCCACCCGAAGCUGGACGAGUGUGUGACCCUGUACGCCAGAACGCUGCACGCCGUCCUUAACGGGGCGUGUCUGAGACAGCAGGCCAAAGCAGCCCUCAGAUGCCCCGUGCUGGACGCCUGGGAGACCUGCCUGCCUUACAUAGACAGAGCUGCCCGGUCACCAGAAGAGAGGCUGGGAGUCCAUCAGACUGCUGUGGCUUCCCUUGGUCUGGCAUGCUACAUGAAAGGAGCCCUCAGCAGCCUGUUUUACUUGGCAUAUGAAUAUUACGAUGACUUCAGUGGAGGAAUCCUGGCAAACACAAACUGCGGAGGUGAAAAUUGUAACCGUGGCGCCGCGCUGGGGGCCCUCCUGGGGGCAGCCUCGGUUCACCAGGGAGGUCCCAUCCCCCAGGCCUGGAAGGGUGGCCUGGUGACUGCCUGCAGCCAGGUGACACAGAUCCUGACCACUGCAGGCAUGAAGAAAGACGGCCCAUCAGUGAGAACAUCAGACUAAAAGCUGAAAGACAACAAAUUCACGGCUGGGUCAUUUGCAGUGUGUGGCAGAUGUGUUCUUUGGCAACUUAUUCACAUUUAAAUACAUUGCAUAUUGUUGUCUGUGUCACUUUGUGAACAGAUUACAGUUUACUAGUGUGCACUGUACAAUUACCUGGAAGAGAAAGAACUGUCUAGAAUUGGAUUGUCCAUAAUGGUGCAAAAUAUAUUCUCGGCUGUAAUUAUUCUUAGACAUUUGUUUUGUUGUGCCUUUUUUUCCUGUACACCACAUUGCAACAUAUGUCUUUCUUUAAAAUAUCUAUCCUUGUAGAGUUAAAAAUAAUUUUAAAAUGAGUUGCUUUUAAGAUGAGUAUGCUAUUAUUAGUACUGCAUCUGGCACAGCAUGGAUUUGACUUUAUUUGCACUAAGUGUGGAUACUUUUGAUAGCACUUAUCUGUAAAAAUUAACAAAACAACUGUGAUUUUCCAUAAAAGUAAAAAUAACUUUUUUGCUUAGUAAACAUGGAGACAGUCUAGCUGUAUUUUCAACUCAAAUGUCUGGGAAAUAAUAUAGGUACAUUCCCGGGGUCAGAUAUCAACUUGUGACAUAGCAAGAAUAAGAAGAAUUUUCUGCAUCUUAUUAUGAUUGAUAUUAUACGUACACUACUGUCUGAUGAGUUACUUGUAUAAAAAAGAAAAUGGUGCUUUGUUUUAUUUAGUUGUCACACCAGAGUGAGAUUUCUUGUAAUGUCUUAACAUGAAGGAAUGUUUCUUUGCGUUCAUGUUUAUGAAGCUGUCUUAUCACUGUACCUCUGCAGUAUGUUAGUCAACAUUCUUCAUGUCUGAAAUAAAUGUUGAAUUCAGAGCA